AUGCGGCGACAAGUGGUUUGCUUCGGUCGGGCCGUCGGGCUGCUUUUGAAGCUGGCCCUCCUGGCUCUGGUGGUGAUCGAUUUGGCACAUUUAACCUACGAGCACCGCCUAAAAGCCUACGUCUUCGCCUACCUUUCGUCGAAAUUUACUUCUCCCAGUGUUGCCGGUAGUCCGCAUGUCUGCGAAAGCAAUAGCUGGUGGUUUACUCCCAAUAGGACGGGGCCAAAGCCAUGGCAACGCAUUUUGAAAGAGGAGGAGGAAUUUCCCCUGGCCUAUACUAUAAUGGCGUUCGAAAGACCUGACCAAGUUUGGCGACUCCUACGCUCAAUUUACCGACCUCAAAACUACUAUUGCAUCCACUUCGACAAGAAGAGUCCUGAGCUCUACAAAAAGUGGUUGAUUCGCAAGAUCUCUGUAUGCAUCCCACCAGAGGUCUCGGCAAACAUAUUCUUCAUAUCCUCUAUCUCCGUCUACCACUCCUAUAUGUCAGUGCUGGAGGCCGAUCUGGCUUGCAUGCGAGCUCUCUGGCAGCUGCCGAAGAAGAAGAAGCCCGAGUCUAAAGCACCACCAUGGAAGUAUCUCAUCAAUCUCACUGGACAGGAGUUCCCACUGAAGAAUAACCUGGAGUUGACUCGAAUUCUGAAUGUUCUCAACAAUGCUAACCUCAUUCAACAGGAAAAGUUCUUCUACGUGCGUCGAGCAUGGCGUGACCCGCCGCACGGAUUGCAGAUGUACAAGGGUGCUGUACACGUGGUGGUGACGUGGGAUUUCAUCAACUUCCUCUUUACCGACCAACGGGUGAAGGACCUCCUCGACUACCUCCCUGAGGUCGGUAUUCCCGACGAAGCCCUCUUCUCCACCGUCAACCACAACGCCAUCCUUAAUGCCCCCGGCAACUUCCCCUAUGGAGACAAUGUCUACCGCAACGGCGGCUUCUAUGUGAAUCGGUGGAAGCACUUCUUUCCGGAGGAGUGCAGUGGAGUGUGGCGCCACUCUGUCUGCAUCUUCGAUCUCUACGGUAUGCAGCCCCUCUUUACACCAGACUCUCCCCAUCUCUUUGUAAAUAAAUUCGUCAUGCACAUCAACGCUCCUGUGCUGGAUGUGACGGAGCAGUGGUUCUACAACUGGCAGGAAUGGUACUACCGCCACGCUGAUCAGAAUGUUACCAACCUCAACUACUUCCGUAAUCUUCCCCAGGUACGGUACCAAUUGUCGAAAGCUAAUCAGCAAAAAGGGAAGGUUGGCUGA